GAGUUGUUGCGGUUGUUGCAGUUUUAGCCCGUUUUAGCAGUUCGGUAACUUAAACUGUUGCAGUACCAGUGAAUAGCGCAAAAAUGGAUGAAUUAAUUCAAAUCAAACAAGAAGAGUGUGAAAUUAUCGACGAUAUGGAUCCACUAGAGAACACCGAACACCCGGAGAAAGUUGCCAUUCCGAUUUACAAAGUUGAGCCCGUAAUCAAAACAGAACAGAUAAGUACAUCCCGGCAUAAGCGAACGACCGAUCGGGGCAGCGUAGACCUGACGACAGUCGUUCAGGCUAUCAGAGCCAUAAAAUCCGGUCAAAUUAGGCUAAGGGCUGGAGCGCGAUUCUAUCAUCUGCCUCGAACGACUUUGCAGCGCCAUAUGGAUAAUGUAGCCUUGAAGUACGACGAUAUUUCCAACGUCAGUGACGAGCAGCUGCUGGAAACCAUCAAAAGGGUUGGCACGUACGCAGCAUGUGCCGUAAAGCGGGUAUUCAGCGUAGAAGAAGAGGAAGCCUUCAUCAUCUAUACGAAACAAUUUCACGACAGUGGUAACGAGCUAAGCAUCGGUGACUUCCGACGGCUGGCGUACCAGUUUGCCAGAAAACUGAAAGUCAAUUAUCCUUCCAGCUGGAAUGAGAAAGAGAUGAGCGGGCGCGAUUGGUACUACGGGUUUAUGCGGCGGCAUCCGCAGCUUGUGCUGCGUCCAUCCGAGGAACCAAGCCCAAAUAAGAUGGAAUCGUCUUGCAAAGAAGAAAAUGUAUAGCAGCAAAUGGAUAAGGGCCUUCAAAUAUUAACGAGCGUUUUUUGUAUAAAUUGUAAAUUGGUCAUGGAUCGGUCGUGUCAGCAGUGUGGAGUAUCGAAAUUGUUCACAAAGUUCCCUGAAAAAAUUUCAGAAUACUCAUUUACCUUUGCUAUGUCUGAGACAGGGCCAACAGAUCGACGUCAUUAAGUGUGAUACCACCGAGCCGAUGGGAAACGUACAAAAUCAAACGAAUUGAG